UGGAGCUGUCACUCCUCGCCAGUGCUGUACGCGGUGCGGUACCACCAUAUUGCUAAUCAAGGCUCUGCUUACAUCACUGCGGAGGACAAAAGGGGCUCACCUGCGACAGGGGAGAACACGGAAUCCGAAUUAUUUUUUAUGUAGAGUGUUCCGUUUUCUCCGAUGCUGGAACUGUACGCUAAGUGUUCGAAUAUGAGAGGAAUUUGAUUCGGCAUAGUUAAUUAUAGCAGAGUAAAUGAACUGCGUAAAUAUGCUGUCUUGGGCUCCGCAUCACCAGCGACUCAUUGUCUGCGUUGCCCUGUUGUGGGGGAUAAACGCGAUUUUGGCCAAGUCUUCGCAGAUUUCGGAUAUAAAAUCCAAGAUCUCCGGGGUGGAGGAGCUCCUGGAGGAAUUUCGCAAACAGCUCCAGCAGGACCAGGCGCUGCGACGGGAAGACGGGCUCAGGGACGCGUGCCUGAACGGCUUCAGCGCCAUCGAGGAGCACAUCAUCCGGGCGAAGGACUCCAUCGAGCAGGGCGCUACCUUUCUGACGGCGCCCACUCGGGUGUACAGCUGGAGGGACUGCCUGCACGCCUGCUGCGCCGACCCGCGCUGCACCGUGGCGGUGGUGCAGGAAGACCUGGAGCAGUCGGAGGACAGUCUGAGCUGCUUCCUCUUCAACUGCACGUACAGGAAUAAAAACGUCUGUACGUUCUCUAUGCAGCAAGGGUACAGCACCUACAGUCGAGUCCACAACACCAGUGGUUACACCAGCCCGGCAAGUUCCCACGCAGAUUUCACUAAACAGACAAACUCAGUAAAGAUGCCCCAGGGUGCACUUUCGGAUGACCAAACAUCACAAGAGGUGGACGAGCCUCCCCGUAGCAAUGCUGGUCAGGACGUGGUGAUCCAGCUUCCCACCGACUGGGCCGUGUUGGACGGCCGGGACAGCGUGGAUGACCACGGAGUCAACCGCUAUGAGUGGGCCUUGAUCAAGGGGGACCCCUCAGUCGUCAUGAAGGUGACCCAGCCUGGGAUUCUGAAGAUUAGUGGCCUGCAGGAGGGCUCAUACUCCUUCCAGAUGACAGUCACAGACACUGUGGGACAGAAGAGCUCAGACAAUGUCACCAUCACGGUGCUGCCACCUGAACAUCAAGCAGAAGUCUGCAUGGGCCGCUGUUCCCGCUACCAGUUCAUGUGUGACGACGGCUGCUGCAUCGACAUCACCUACGCCUGCGACGGAAAGCAGCAGUGCCCUGACCGCUCCGACGAGGCCUUCUGCCAGAACUUUGACGGGAACCGGAAAGCUGUGACACACUCCUCCAGGUUGCCAAGUAUGGCGAGACCCGUGACCCACCGCAAGGAGGAGGCAGAGGAGGAAGAGGAAGAAGACCGCACAAUGUACAUGGACGGGAGCAAGAAGAGCAUGGAGGACCCCAAUCCCUUCGCUGAAUCCCAGGAAAGGGGAAACCCCCGCCCCCUGCCUCACGCUCCCAGCAGUCAGGACGGCAGGGCAAGUCCAGAUCACUGCUUAGCGCCCCCUGCUGUCGGACCCUGCAAAGGCAUUUUCCCCCGGUGGUACUAUGACCCGGUGGCUGGGGUGUGCAAGCACUUCAUCUAUGGGGGCUGCAAGGGCAACGACAAUAACUUCCUGCAGGAGGCAGACUGCAACGCGGAAUGCGUACAGAAACCAGUUCCUGUCAAACAGAAGCCCACCACGGCUCCUCCACCCAGUGUACGCACACAGACGCCGGAUCCACCCCGGGUGGCCAUUUCCAAGGAGAAAGCGGAGAGUGAGGUUCCAGUGUCUAAACCCUAUCCUGUUUUAGGAGGACAUCCCGUCCCCGAGUCAGGUGCAAUCCUUCCACUGGCCCUGGGCCUGAUAAUCACUGCCCUGCUGCUUCUAAUGGUUGGCUGCCGUCUGCGCUUGGUGCGACACAAGCUGAAAAAGGCUCGGCCAAUCACCUCCGAGGAGUCAGACUACCUCAUCAACGGAAUGUACCUGUAGCAGACGGGCAGGGAAGCCAGCUUCUGUUCUGAAUUCCCAGGGUUCCACGAA